AUGGCGGAUCUUCCAGCUCAUGCCUCCCCUAAAAUCACCCCGCAAUCCUCUUCUUCGACAGACCGACACGAUGACCUGGCCGAUGAUCUGAGUCAAGGAAGUGGCAUCACAACCGGUGAACAGACACCAGCUCUUCCUGACUCGAUAUUGUCACCUGCGUUCACUCCCCCAGCGACUCCGGGUGGCACAUUGCACUUGACGUCCAAUCCGACACAUUUGCUGCACGAGAGUCAAGCAGCCAGCAUCCGACAUUCAGGCCAGCACAAAAAGGGCCCUAAAUUGCUGGAACAACUACCACAGGUGGAAUGUAUCGUCCGAGCUCGUAUCCCGACCACCAAUGGUGCGGAAAUGUUCUUGCACCUCUACCACAACGAUAUCGAUAACAAGGAGCAUUUGGCGAUCGUCUUUGGCAGCAACAUCCGCAGCCGUAGCCUGGAUCGCGUACGGCCGGGGGAGACGGAGAUGGAUCGCAUGAUUCGUGGAGCAUAUGUGGGCAAACUGCAUCCUGGGCGAACAAGCAGCUGGUACGACGAGGAGAAGAACCCCGAGUCGGCGCAGGCUGCCCGUAUGGAGCCGCCACUGGUUCGAAUCCAUUCAGAGUGCUACACAGGUGAGACGGCGUGGUCUGCGCGAUGUGACUGUGGCGAGCAGCUGGACGAGGCCGCGCGAUUGAUGUCCUUCCCCGUGGAAAACUUGGCCGCUGAUGCGCCGCCCGAGACGCAAUCCUUGCGAUCUCGGUCCGCGGGCGGCGUGAUCAUCUAUCUUCGACAGGAAGGUCGGGGCAUCGGACUGGGGGAGAAGUUAAAGGCCUACAAUCUACAAGACCUGGGAUCCGACACGGUAGAGGCCAACCUCCUCCUGCGCCACCCUGCUGAUGCCCGAAGCUACGGCUUGGCCACCGCCAUGCUCAUGGAUCUCGGCUGUGGUGCUGAUGUCAAUGCCGAGGGCAUUCGACUGUUGACGAAUAACCCGGAUAAAGUUCGCGCGAUUGAGGGGCCGAAUCGCGAAGUGUUGGUGAAGGAGCGUGUUCCCAUGAUUCCCUUGGCUUGGCGUACAGGCGGGGAACGCGGGAUAAAGAGCUCCGAAAUUGAAGGUUAUUUGAGAACAAAGAUUUCCAAAAUGGGUCACAUGAUUCAAUAA